AUGCCGGAGAAUGCGAUUGUCUUCUUGCGCUAUGGACCGUACAGCGCAGUGGGCCUAUCUGUGGAACACCACACCUUCCGCCUGCAGGGCCUGCAAGCUGUGUUGACUGAAGAUGGCCAUGAAGUCAUCUUAGAGAAGAUAGAUGACUGGAGUGUUGUUGAGCUGGUGGUGAAUGGAGAAGUCGUCUUCCACUGCAAAAUCAAAGACCUGGAAUUCGGAGGAGAUGGUAAACUGGACCCAUUGUGUGAAGAGGCCAGGAGAGCUGUGAUGAAUGCCUACUAA